GAUGAUUUUUAUUCUGAGGGAAGAGAAUGUGUGUCAUGUGGGUCCAUGUCCACUCCUUUAUGGAGACGAGAUGGUACUGGACAUUAUAUUUGCAAUGCAUGUGGUAUCUACACCAAAAUGUCCGCCAAUGGAAGGUCGGAUACCAAGUCAUCAGCAAGAAGCACGCUACAAGAUGUUGAUGAAGAAAGGCCACGAAAAUUUCUAGAAAAGCAAGCAGGAAACAGCAGGCGUAUGGGGUUAGCAUGCGCAAACUGUUUGACCAGUACAACUACAUUAUGGCGUAGAAAUGCCGAGGGAGAACCCGUGUGUAACGCAUGUGGACUGUAUUACAAAUUACACCAGGUGAAUCGACCAAUGUCAAUGAAAAAGGACGGAAUACAGACUCGGAAACGGAAACCACGCACUCCUUCUAAAUCUAAAACCCCGCCUAAAGAACAAGGCCAACGCCACAUGACCAGUGACCACGUCCCUUCCUUGCCCAGUUUACAACUCCCUGCUCCUCAGCAGUCAACACCGCCUCUUCGACCACCACAGAGCCAAGGAUUGCUGGAUCUUACACUAAACCGUUCAGAGGCUUCCAUGGUUCCAGAAUCCAAGCCUGUUUUGUCGAGUAUUUCAACAUUUUACGACAGUAAUUCAGCAGUUUUACGCGCUCUAACAGCGCCUUCGAACCCACCCGCCCUAUUGCCUAUGACAAGUCUUGCCUCUAGCCUAAGUCAGAGAUAUCAGAUGUCGGAUCUAGGAAGGUCAUACCCCGAGUCACAAAGUGUGCGUCUUUACGGUCAAGCAGAGUUGUCCGGCGACCGGAUCUAUACCCACACACCACAGCAGCACCAACUUAGCGAACGGAUGUAUACACAAAUAGAGACACAUAGCGACCGUUCUGUUUACAACCUCGAUUCCAAUUUAAUGCUCAAACCGGAACCGAUAUUUUCCCCUUCGCCGCCUAAAGCUGUACCAGUAAAUGACGUCAUGACUGAAACUGAGCAAGCUACUGCUUCUAUUGGAGGAAGUGACAUCUUGCAGUUAAAGCCGGCUUCGGUUAGCUAGAAGUAGUUUCGUAUUAUAACUUGCCAUUGUCAAACUAUUACUUGAGAUUUAGGUCAAUAUAGAUUAUUAACCCUUAGUAACGAGACAAAACACACAUUUAAUAGUAAAAAAUAUUGAAAGUACCUACAAAAAAUAAGAACAGGGCUAGAAAAUUAUGAUGUUGGAAUUGCGUUUGAGAACAUCACGAUAUGUUUAUUUUUACUCAAUCAUAUCAAAUUUAGAUUUUAAUUUACCAAUCAUGAUUUAAAUACACUGUGUGUAUUUUCCUUGUUGUACUUAUACCUGAAAAAAAUGUAUAAUUAUACGAGAUAAUCAUGUUGUAUUUUUAUGUGUGCAUUUUAAAAGUGCUAUUUUGUAUUCGCGGGUAAAAGAUUGUAAAGGUAUAUUUAGCUUUUAUAGAGUUUAAAAUAAUUGUUAAAAGCGUUGUGAAAUUACACAAACAGAAACCACACAAUUAGUGACCCUUGGUGCACUCCUUUCUAUCGUUUUUUGCAGCGGUAGUUCACAAAAGAAAUUCCCCUAAUUUGAUCAUAAUUUUACGAAAUUGAAGAAUUGUUUAGACUGUUUAAUUCAUAAUGUUCAUAAGGUAUCGCCCUUUCUUUUAAAAUAAUAUGUAAUUUUAAUUGAUCUCAAAUUACAUGGAAACCCUGCAUUUAUAUAUUCAUUGUGGAGCAGAGUACCAAUUGUUUUCUUGUUAUGCUAGGUUCCCAUUAUCACGAUUCGCGCUACGAUUGAAAUUGUGGUGAUCCUAUGAAGUCUUAUCAUCUAUUGAAGUCAGUUGUAGCAAUUAUGUUGAUCGUAUCGAAAAGUAUCCGAACGUAUCUGCACGUACCACAGCGUGGACUCAUAAGGGACAAUCCUAUCAUAACGCAUCGCACGACAGUGGGAACCCAGCAUAAGCACGAUAAUCAGUGUUAGAGAGGUACUGACUCUAAGUAAAUACUUAUACUAAUAUAAGUAGUUUGCAAUUUACUAGUCACCUAAAUGAUUUACUACUUUAAUGUUGUGAUAGCUUAGAAAAAUUGAUAAAUUACAGUGAUAUAAUGUAUUAAUUUAGAAUAAACGUUUACAAUAUCAUUCCACUAAGAAAGUCUUAAGGGUAAUUGCGUACCUCAUCAUAUAUAUACAUUAACAUUACCAAACAUUUCCUAAUACCGCCAUUUAGUUUGUUCAAACAUUCAUAUAUUAUUAAAAAUACAUAUCAUGUCAUAAUGUUUACAGAAAUUGUCAAAUAAUAGUGCACCAUUUUAUAACAGAAAUAAUCGCUGAUGAUCGAUUAUCGUUGGAAAGCAAAUAGCUAAAAAAUUAGUAAUUGCUGGAAGUGAAGUCGAUUAUCGUUGAUAAACUAAUAAAAAUGGAUACUAAGAAUUUGUUUUUAAAAAGUCCCAUUUUAUUUUUUUAAAAUUCACAUUUAUAAUUUGUUGGAUUUUAUUGUUGUUAUUUUUUGAUUUUGAAAAUUUUGUAUCAUUAUUUAUAACUUACUAUUUGUUUGUUAUUUUCCUUAUUUAAAAUCUCUCGCUAACACGUCGACGAAUGCUACCUGAUUAAGAUAGAUAGGAAAUUAUCUUAAAAAGAAAUUCCAGAGGGCAAUUUUACUGGUAGUAGUAUGUAACAUGAUUUUUGUUUAAUUGGUACAAUGCAAUAGUAAUCGAAGUGUUUGCAAGAAAUGAUGAAUUUGCUAAAAGAACUAUCAUACCAUUCCUCAUUAUGUAUAUUUGUUUUUAAUUUCACAAAAGUCACAAAUUAUUUAAACUUUUAUAAUCCGUGUGCACUUUGAGGAUGCUAAACCUGAUUGAUUUAUGAUUUGAGUUAUUAUGAUUUUGUACACAAAGGGAAUAUUAUAUUUCUGAAUAUUCUUCAUCUCGAUCAGUGCCUGUUUAUAUAUUUGGCGCCAGUGAUUCUCAAUUCCUAAUAAGUUGUUCACCGUGCUAUGUUUAGUCAAGUUAAUUAUGUGUACAUGUAUAUGCGUCUGAUUAAAUCACAGAUCUUUUUGCAUUUCGUUUCUUUUUUUUUAAAGUUCAAAUUUCGUUUAAUUUUAAUUUGUCUUUCUGGCAGGUCAUAUAAAGAAUAGAAAAAAAACCCGAAACGAAAUUUAAGGCUAUACAUUAAUCUGGUUGAUGUUGUUGUGUUUGUUGUCUGUUCAUUAUAAUCUUUCACGUUGCAUAAUCUAAUCAAAUAAUGUACAAAAUAAACUUACUACGUACGAAAAUUUAGCUAAUUAGGUUAUAAACAGCUUUAAGUGAAGCUUAUUGUGAUUUUUAUGAAUUGAUUUAUCAAAUUGUGCCAAAU